GUUUGAGAGGUUGUGGCAAUGUCUGGGAGAGGAAAGGGCAGUGGAGGGAAAGCUCGCUCGAAGGCCAAGUCCCGGUCGUCCCGGGCUGGCCUGCAGUUCCCGGUGGGCCGUGUUCACAGGCUCCUGAGAAAGGGUAACUAUGCUGAGCGUGUGGGUGCCGGAGCGCCGGUCUAUCUGGCUGCGGUGCACGAGUACCUGACGGCUGAAAUCCUCGAGCUGGCUGGUAACGCGGCCCGGGACAACAAGAAGACCCGCAUCAUCCCCAGGCACCUCCAGCUGGCCGUGCGCAACGACGAGGAGCUCAACAAGCUGCUGGGAGGGGUGACCAUCGCUCAGGGCGGGGUGCUGCCUAAUAUCCAGGCCGUCCUGCUGCCCAAGAAAACCGCCGCAGGGGGCUCCGCUAAAAAGUGAAGAGGCCGUUAUUUCAUCUCACGGCCCAAAGGCUCUUUUAAGAGCCAUCUACAGCGUCUGUGAAAGAAACUGGACCCUCACCACUGCCGAGUUAAUUUUCAUUUUCACUUACUGGGAGACUGCUAACACAAUACUCACCCUGCCAUUACUGUUAGCGUUCUUGAGCUGUAACCACCCGGACGGAAUGUAUCCAUGAGGCAGUUUCCUGUAAUUGCAUUGGAAAGAUCUGACACUGUCAGAGGAAUAGCAACAAGUUUGGAAAUCGGGAAAUAAUAACCCCGGAAGCCACACAGCGAUUCAGUAUCCCUUGACAUGAUACUUUCGACCAGAUAAAACUAUCUGUAGUACCGUAGCCCUUCCGCAUAUGCUGUCUUUCCUCUUCUCGGGUCUCUGCUCUCAAUGUAAAGUUUCGGGUGGCUCUGAAGAGAGAAUGGAGGCUGUCCAUUUACCACUGAAGCAGUUGUUGACUGUGUGCUGUAUUUUGCGUUGAAUGUUUGAUUUAAAGAUUUGAGAUUGUUCAAUUUGUUUUAUUUCAACAUUUUUUUUGACGAGUAUUUAAAACAAACGAGCAUCUAAUCAAUGCUUCUGGAGAUUCAAUUCUUGGAUGACUGAUACCAAUGCUUAUGGGUAGAAUUUAAUCGAGUGGAUUGCCGUGGUUUAUAUAUAGAAUACUAGAUAUGAGUGUGAAUUACAGGCUUCGAUAUCCUUUUGCAAUUUCAUGUUACACUGUUUGUAAUGCUCCCUCGGUGGCACUUUAUCAUAUCACCAUACAAUCACGAGUAAAUAGUGAAUGAGACACGCAGCUGCACCCAAUCGUGAGAUGGGAGUGAAUAGAUCCACCCAUGAGCUUUAUUUCAUUUGCAAUUCUCUUUUAUUUUUAUAUUUAGACAAUUGAGGUUUGAAAGUCCUAACAAUUUAGUAUGGAAAUUUGUGGAAUGAACUCUCACGAGUGGCAGAUGUGAGGUGCAUUUUUUUUUUUGGAAAGCCAAAUCAGGCCAGAACUUGCACACCAUGAUGGGGAAUGUUCCUGAACAAAGAGGUGUUGCAGUGCAGAUUAAUAGUUCCUUGAAAGUGGAGUUGCAAGUAGAUGGAAUAGUGAAGAAGGUAUUUGGUAUGCCUGUCUGUAUUGGGCAGUGCAUGGAGUAUGGGAGUUGGGAGGUCAUGUUGCAUCUGGACAGGACCUCUGUUUGGCCACUUUUGCAAUACUGUGUGUAAUUCUGGUCUCCCUGCUUUCCAAAGGAUUUUGUGAAACUAGAAAUAGUUCAGAAAAGACUUACAAGGAUGAUGCCAGGGUUGAGGAUUUCAGCUGUUGGGAGAGGUUGAAUCGGCUGGGACUAUUUUUUUUGUUCACCCCUGGAACCUCCGCAGCUGAAGUGACCUUCUCUAGAGGCUUAGAAAAUCAUGAGGGUGAUAGAUAGGUGAGUAUCAAGGUUUUUUUCCCCUGGGUGGCAAAAUCCAAAGGCUGGGGGGGUGGUGGAAGGACAGUUUUAAGGUUUGAGGUGGUGAAUAAGUGACCAAGGGGCAACCUUUUCCGAGGAUUGUGCAUGCCUGGAAUGAGCUGCCAGGAGGUUGCGUAGGCUGGUACAAAUACACAUCCAGCUGCUUUUUAAAUAUAGUAAAUGAAUAAGGAAGGGUUUAGAGGGAUAAACGUCAAAUUGUGGUAAAUGGGACGAGAUUAAAAUUAGGUGUUCUGGACCAACUCGUCCAUGUUGACCAAAGGGCCUGUUUCCAAGCUGUAAAAUUCUAUGACUAUGACAAACAAGUAAAUUCAGUGGCUGAUCUGACAUGUAAGCUUUUCUGUAUAUUCAUGUGAAGCAUAGAAGCAAGUUAUUGGAACAGCAUCCUCCAUCAAACAACUCCCCCUAUUCUUGUGCCAAAUAAACUAACAUUUUCGAAAAUGCAAGGAAGAAUGAAUAAAACAGUUCUUAACAUGCCUUCCCUGAACAGACAGAACUCCAGCCUUAUUUUUCCACAUAUGUAAGAUUCAGUUUAACAUAAAUUAAACCAGAACUUUCACUGUCCCUGCA